AUGGACAAUAAACAUGAGCAGCUGGUUUUUAAUAUCUUUGUUGAUGCAGGAGGAGAUCCUAAGGAGUUGAUGGCGUAUAUGGUUAAGAAUCCAGGUCUCAUUCCUAGAGACGUUCGUGAAAUUCCAAAAAAGAAACAAUUGAUGCGCUCAAUUUUGUGGUCGUCGUGGCCAGCGUGCUUUUAUGUUGGAUUUGGGUCAAUUGUUGUUGAUGAUAUUGAUUCCAUUUAUGAGAAGAUCUUCGAGGGUUUGAAACAAACAGGUACUCGCGCCCUCAUCAAUAAAGGAUGGAGUUCUGAUAAAAGCAAAACGAAUUCAAUCUCUCAUCCUAAUUUUUUCGUCGUUGAUAAUGUUCCACAUGAUUGGUUAUUCCUUCGGUGCAGCACUGUUUGCCAUCACGGAGGUGAGAUCAUGCCGUGA